CAUGGACUGACAAAGUUCCCCCUUCUCUCCUUUUCCUCUUCCCCCUUUCUCUUUCUCACACAAACACUGUUUCCCUUUCCUCUCUCUCUCUCCCUCCUUCUACCUCACAUACUCUCUCCACAUAACUCUCUUUCUCUCUCCCUGUUUCUCUCUCUCUGUUGUCUCUCUCCCUACUUCUACCUCACAUACUCUCUCCACAUAACUCUCUCUCUCUCUCUCUCUCUCGCUCCCUCUCUCUCUCUCUCUCCCUCUCCUAGCCUGAAAAAGGUAGGCUUUUCAUUGCGGCACCUGCCCUUACCUACAGCACAGAGAGAGGGCGAGAGGGAGGCGAGAGCAGAGCAGCACCUUGGCCCAGCCUCACCUUCCUGUGGGAUUUUCCACCUUACUUCUUAACACAGAGCCCAGCUUUGUUUGUUGUUCUCUGGGAACGUUGGGAACAUUCACUCAGCUCUGUGGAGAUCAAAGCAGAGAACGAAGCUCAUCUCACCUGGCUGUGCAUGGAUGGAUACCCGAAGCGGUCAAGAUUCCCAUCUGAUUUUCCCAUUUGAUCCCAUUUUCCAAAAAGAAGUUUGAGGAAGGGUCAAAGAGAACCUGGGACUUCAGGGGGUUUUAACUGCAGGAGAGAUGGACAGGUUUGGUGUGUGUGUGUGUGAACGAGGGAAUGUGCCAGAGCAAGAGAGAGAGAAAGAGACUUAAUAGACAAAGAACAUAAGUGAGAGCUAAAGUAGUUCUACGUAGUCCAUUUUUAAGGCUGGCUGGGCAUUGAACGAAAACAAUACAUACAGGAGUCAUAGAUUUAUAACUUAGUACGUUUUCACUUUCAGGCUGUUUCUUAGUGUUUGUCAGUCUAGUUGUCACUGUGUGUGCUCAGAUCCAUUGUAGUUAGCCCUGUGGUGUCAUUGGAGGGUUCUGUUGUAUUCUGAGCACACGGUUGGCCAGUUCAAAUGAUUGACAGGGCUAAAGAAGAAGAGUUGUUUCAGGAAGCGGGAGUGGGGCUUAUACAGGAGGACAUGGAGAGAUAAGAUGGAUCCUGCCCUAGCAGCACACUUUGGACCUAAGUCAGACUUUGAUGAACUCAACCUGUACUGGUUCCUGUGGACUUUCCGUGAGGAGGACAAUUUCUACCACCGCCAUCUUUGAACUUUGGCACCAGGAAGUAAAACACUGACAGGGGAGAGGGUUAUCUCGACAUCAACACCUCAAAACUUAAUCCACAUUUGUUUAAAGUAUUGACGCUUGGUUACCACAUUUCACUGGUUUCCAUGGUGACCCCGUCAGCACGGUGACCUGUCAGCAUAUUCACGGUGGUAGCCAACAGCCAUGCAGUACCUGGGUGGUAAACUGUCCUCCGCCCAGGUCCAUGUCUCUGGCUGGGUGGGCAGCGUGCGUCGUUCCCUACAGGGGGCACUGAACUUAGUCUGGGGAGAUGAGGAGGAGGUGGUGGUGGUAAAAGAAGAAGAGGAGGAGAAGGAAGAGGAGGAUGAGGGAGAAGGUGGGGGAGGGGGCAGGAGGUUCGACAGGGCUGUGUUGCCUCUGCGUAGCUUUGCCUCCCGGAGCCGGCAAUCCCUGAGGUUGUUCUCUGUCCGGAGUCGCCAGCGGAUGACGCUGCGUAGACGGGCUGCAGACACCAGCGCUGAGCAGUUAAAGUGCUGUGUGAGGACGGGAGAGGGACAUGACACAGAGGCUCUGAUUGGUGGAGAGCCAGACAAGCAGUAUGGGGGAUGUGACACUAGACUGUCUGAGGAUGACAGUCUGCAGAUGGCAGUGGAACAGAUCUCCCCUGUCACACCAGAUGAGCCUAACAGUACAUCUCCACUAGAAGAAACAGAGCAGCCAUUAGCCUUUCCUGAUAUUUGUCCUCCUCUAUUGGACACCAGUGCACAGCGUGCAAGGGCAAAGCUGAGGAAGAGUCGGAGGACCCGCCCCCCUCGAGCUGUCCAUCAGAACUCUACCAAAGCAACGCUUGAAGAAAACCACGUUCACGACUGGAGGUUCUGUGACUCCUCAGAUAAGGUGGACUCUCUAACAAGGGGAGAUUGUGAGUCUGAUGAGGAGCAGCCCAGAGGGAGGGAGGUAUGUUCACCACCUUCCCAGCCCCAGAGAAUACCCCUCUUUUCUGGAAUGGACCCGUCCGCCCUCAAGGCCCAGUUAAAGAAGCGAACAGGGGGAGGAGUUAAAGGAGCAGAUACAGACAGUCAGACAGACAGUCUUGCUCUGUCCCCCUCUCAGCUCUCCCGCUCUCCCGGAUGCCCCUCCUUCCUCCCCGGGGCGUCACAGAUGCUACCCCCUGUAGGGAACAAAGAUGGAGGGGGGGACUCGUCUCCUUCAUGGCUGCAAGAACUCAAGUCUAAGAAGCGCUUGAGUCAAUACAACAGUGAGGACUAGCUGAGUGGAUGGACCUCAUUUUUACACCAGCUAUUACAAUCAAAAUACAUAUCUGAUCACAUUCCCCUUCCAUACACACCUUAAAGUGUUAGUUAACUCCAAAGAAAGCCUAUAGCUUGUUAAAAGUUUGCAGUCUGACGACGUCAAACACACUUUGAUUUGAGUGAACUAUCACUUUAAAAUAUGCCCUGUAUCUGUUUCAUGUAAAUUAGCUUUUAUUCCUGUUUACCUCUAGGAGAUACCACCCAGAUAGCACAUUCGGUUCCUUGGAACUUGUAGGAACGUACGUUUUUGGUUUCCCAUUGGUUCUGGGAACGAAGCCAUAAGUAUCUUGACCGGUAAAACGAAAAGUUCUGAGAAAGGAAGUGAAAACGCGGUCUGUUCUGGAAACUUACAUUUUUAGGUUGUAGAGAGAUUCUGAGAAGCUUUCCUGGGAGGUUUUAUUAACGUUCUGAGAACGUAAAUUAUAGGUUAUUUGAAGGUUGUGUGAAAAGUGUUUCAAUAUGACUUUUAAUAACACUGAUAGCUUAGUUUGAACUCCAAGAACAUAUAGGAUACAUGGAAAUGCAUUUUUUUUUAAUUGUGCCAGAGUCUAACCUAUGAUCUUAUGUUUUUUAUCCAUGGAAUUAGUCAACCGUGCCACCAGGAUGGAGCUAGCAUGCCAUGUUUGUUUUUUACUCAAACAAAGCUGAUCAUUUUAAUCUAUUCAAAUAGACCCCAUUUCAAAGGAAACAAGCACUAAUUAAGAUCCGGUAUGGCCAAUUAGUGGGCGCAGUGAACACAUUUAACAAGAUAGAGGAUAGAGAGAGUUUUGUUAAUGCUGAGAACAGAAUUUAUAUGUUUUUUAAAUAACAUUCUUUAGAAUGUUCUCUGAAUGUUACUAAAGUUUUUGUAUUUUUUAUGGAAAAUGUUCUUAACGUUCUCUGAACAAUUUGAGAACAUGAAUUUAACUAGAACCUGUAGGAAACGUUUUGCUGAAGUACCAAAAUUACCACAGAAAAAUGUUGUUUCUUAAUGUUCUCUGAACUAUUGGAGAACAUUCUCAAUGUCAAACCAGUUGGUGAACGUUCUUAGAAUGUUACCAAAUUUGUAAUGAAAUAUAACCAUGUUUGAACUUUUAGGAAACGUUCUGUUAAAGUAAUGAAAUUCCAAGAAAACAAUGUUUUCUUGUGAAGUUUCUUAAAUGUGCUGAGAAUGUUCCAAAGUCAAGCAACUAUCCUGUACCAUUCCCAAAAAGUUGUGGGAAGGAUGCAUGCAAAAUAACCAUAGGACAAACACGCUUUCACCAAGCUCUAAGAAACAUAUGGUUCUCAGAACAUUAUGUGCUAGCUGGGCAUUGAUUUGGAGAUCAUCCAACUGAUGCUGCUGUUGUUGCUGACAAACACCCCUGUGACAAACACAGCUGUGAGCUGGACUCCCUCCAAUCAUGUGCCUUUCCAGAAACUUUUUAUUGACAAACUAUGCAAGACAAUGGAGAAGCAUUGGAUACUUUCCUGCCCUGCGUUGUGACCAUCUCUUUGACUUUUCUAUUUUCUACACACACACACACACACACACACACACACACACACACACACACACACACACACACACACACACACACACACAGAGAGAGAGAAUAUUUGCAAUAUUUGGACAAGAUCCGCUCAUCCCAGGCCACUAUAUGUUCUAGAAUGUAUCUUUCCAUCCAUCCAAACUUGCAUGUCAGAUUCUGUGGGGGAGCUUGACGUAAUUACCAUACGUGUUAAGGUCAUGCACACAAAUAUCCACAAUGCCACAAUGUUCACAUACAUACUUGAAUUGUACAUCUUUUGGCACCUAGCCAAUGGAGCUUUCCUUCUUUCUCAAUUGAUCUCUUGUUUUGAACUAACCUGUCGGUUUCUUUUCUCUGUUAUGUUAUGCACUCACUCGCUGCUCUGAUGAGCUGCUCUCGAUAAAAGUAUCUGGUAGAUACAUCGAUAUUAUCUCUACUCUGUCCAAACAAGAAAAUGAGAGGUAUAGCUCUGUCUGCACACUUGUUGUGGUUUGAUUAGAGACAAUGUUUCAACCCCUGUGUACAAUAGGUCUUUCAUCUGAUCUCAGCCAAUAACAAACCAAUACAUAUGUGCAUACUCUGCCUGCCAUGAUACCCAAAUCCUGCAAAAGUGCCAUAAAGCACUUUAAGAGUGAUCCGUUUACAGUAACAAUGACAGGUGCACUAGAAAAUCAUUGUAUACAAUGCCAUUCCCCGUCCAUAGGUGCAGACUCACAUUGACAAAAUGAUGUCUAUCAAGUAAUAAGUACUAAUUUUACACAUUCAGAUUCAAGUAUAUUUGGGCAAGGUCCUAUUGUAAUUGCAUUAGUAAUAAACAUGCUGAUCUGA